ACCCGUGUUACAAAAGAAUAUAAAACAUGCGUGUUUCCAUCUAGAGUCAACGCUUUCCCCAAUCAAUCCAUUGGCAAACCUAAUCUGAAUAAAGAAUUCAAGAUGAAUCUUCAUUCAAUUUGCGUGGUGCUGAUGAUCUUCUCCUUUACUGAAACUCAUGCGGACGUCAUUCCCGUGGAGGAACUGGACAUCACCAAGUAUUUGGGUCUGUGGUAUGAGGUAAGCUAAGUUCUAUUAAACAUCACUGUAGAGUUAAAAGCAAAGGAAACCGCUAAAUUUAGUUUUAAAAGAGUGAAAAUGAUUUCAUACUCCUUGUUUGAAAAGCCCUUUCAAAAGUUUAGUCGGCAAUCCUGAUAAAGGGACAAGAUUUUGCAGAGCAAGGAUUAUUUCUUUCUUUCCCUGAACAGGUUUCAUGAGCUUUUUAGCAAACUUUCUUUAUCUGAGUCGACAUAGCGGUUCAUAUCACAGGUCAGAAACUCGGGAGCCCGAGAAUCACAUCUAAGAUAAAAUUCUGCGAAAGGACGUUUCUUGCAAGGGCAGGAGGAAAUCCGUUGCACAAAAGGCUUCUAAAGAGACUGCGCUAGCUGUUAGCCGCGAAAUUAGCUUCGUGGCAAUCAAAAGCAUGAAUAUUAACGUUCCGUCAGGUCUGAUCGCGAUCCCAUCAUCGUCUUGUCAAGGGUCUUUACGUUUGGUUUUCUUCAUCUCUCUGUUUAGCAAGUUCAGUACAUGGUAUGGAGUAAUUUCUAAAUUGUAGUUAUGGAAGUGGGAAAGUGGUUUUCGUUUGGUUUGUUUGUAUUUUAUAAUAUAAUGUAGAUGAUGAACGUGUCAAUACUAUGUCACUAGUUUGCAUCAAACCAAAAUUGCCUUGCGUUCCCAUCCAAAUGGGUAAUCCUCAUUUCUGGCUACGAGGAUAGUCCGGCGUAAUUCAGUGUUGAGAUCCAGUAGGAAGUUUAAGGAAAGACAACGGGAACACCACCAAAACAAUAGGUUUAACAUGAUGAAAACAAAAUCGUGCUACACGAUUGCCGUCUUCAGCAAAACAACAACAUGAAAUGAAGAAAUUCAAGGUUCUGUGGACAACGUGAGCCCACGACGGUAAAUCUUUCACUCUCUAUCUUUACUUCAACUUCGUUCCUACCAAUUUAGUCAAGGGCUACUUCGCCCUCACUUUACAACGUGAACGGGACGGAAUAAUCGCGAAGCAGUUCGUCGAUGCUUAAACACCCUGCUAAAUAGUCACCGUUUUCUCUCAUUUCUAGGGCGUUUAAUUUAUGGAAGACUUGUCCUGCUUCUAGGUUCGGUGUAUUGUUCAGUAUCAUUAACUUACACUCGGUGUUUCUCAUAUGAUUCAGAUGUACUACAAUCAAUUUGCUGCGAACGUUCAAGGCAGUGAUAUAUAUUGCACAACAGCACGAUGUAAGUAUAACUGAUUUCGGUCAGUAUUAUUUCAGUCCUAUUUUCCGUCAGUUUAUACAGGGAUACAACUACAGUCGGUUACACGGAAUUUCCUGGAUAAAACGGAACAAGCUCUGCAUUCAUUUGUUUUUCCCCUUACACUUCUCUGUUUUUUAAAAUGGCAUUUCUUCUUUAAAUUGUCUGCCGACACUGGCUCGUGGAAACUGAGAUUCACUUCUGCGACCUUCCCUCAAAGAUGUCCUCCUACAGUAGUGAGCUCGCCCGCUAUUGAAGUGUACCCUUUUUUUAAUAUAAGAACAUCUAAUUUUGGGGCCGACGCUGAACCAAAAGUGAAUGUUCUCAUUUUUUGCCAUGUUCUUACAUUACGCAGCACAGAACGUCAGAAAACCAAUAUGAACGUUACCAUGAAACAUGAAAAGGAACACUGCAAACUGUAUCAUGUCAAAUUCCCAUACCAUAACGUCACGAGCACCCAACGAGGAAAUUUCAUUAAAAAGUUUAAAAAAUUGUUUCUUGCGUUCGCAGAUCGUUCUUUUACUUUCUCAACGGGCAUUUAGGUGGGCUAUAGGCGACCUGAUCUUUUCGGAUUUCUUAGCUGAAUACUGCUAGAGGCAGAAAAUUUUAGGGAUCGAAAAUUCAUUUCCCCCUCCGAAAUUGCUAACUGACCUUUAUUCAUCCUAAAUCUCAAAAUAUUUACCUUUCAGAAAACCAGCAAAGGGACUAAGUUUCCGACUUCACGUUACGAAAGUUCGACGUAGCAUUUAAUCGAAGAAAACCUUAAAGAAAUGACAUCAAAGGAAUCACAAAGCGAUAUCGCGGGUUUUUCCCUUUAAAUUUUACAUGGAAUCUAGGCCUGUGAACUAGCAAUAAUUCUUUUGAAAAGAAUAUCAUAUUAGACAUGUAUAGAGGUUAUUUUCAGGUAGUAACAAAUAUAUCUUACGAACGAGCACGGUGAGUCAUUGCUCUUACCGCGACAAAAUAAAAUCAUAUAUCCAAGCCGCCAUGUCAUUUUCUUUUUAUUGUCAGUUGGACAUAAGCGUUAUCUGGUAAACCUUGCCGUUAACAGUAAAAACAAGCUGCAAAUGACGUCAUCGAUAUCUUGACUAGUGAGGAUGUGGAAAAUAAAAGCCGCUAGAGUCCCGGAGGAAUUUUCGUAUGAACUUUAAGAGGGGCCUAUUUUCCAAUAAAACUUUUUUGCCUGUAUCACAUAAGGGUGUGGGCUAACGUGUAAUUGAUCUGCUUGUACUUGAACUGGUCAUAGUAAAGUUGGUUUCGGUUAUUUGUAGUCACCAGAUGCUUUUACCCGACCAAUACGUCCAAAAGACCAUUUCCCAUCGUUUUCUUUAAAUUUUUUACUCAUGGUACAUGUAUCUAAAAGACUUGAUCCAGCUUUCAAUUUGUAGUAAUCUCUAACAUGAAAUUCUAUCUUUUUUUUUUUCAUAAGUUACCGACAAUGGAAACGGAACUGUUGCUUUAUUGUUCCUUCAACGCCUAGGGAAUGAAACUGGACCGGAGGAGGACUUCCCAGGAACCGCUGUACAAGUCGAAACGAGCGGAAAGUUCAACAUUUUCUUCGAUAGAGUCCCAUUCCCUGUUCCAUGUGAGUAUCAUUUUGUGAGUUGUUAGGUUUUCAAGAAAGAUGGGUAUAAUUUUCAACUGUGCUAUCACAAUAUUGACCAUAGCCAGAACAUGGACAGUUAGAAAGAACAACUACGAGAAAUACAUUCCCACCUUUGAUUAUUUGAAAUUCUAUAUCUAUCACUGGCCGAAUUUAUACUAGAGACGAAUAAUCAGUCUAGACGGAUUAUCCAGCUCAGACGGAUAAUUCGACUCUAGUACUAGUAAUAGUUGACACUACAGCUGUCCCCGUUCUGUAUAUUGUCGGUCAAUAGUAUUCUUGCUCGUUUUGUAGCUCUUUGAAAUAUACCGAUUCGUAAUGAAGAUUUUCACACAUCAUUCAUACCCAUAGGUGAGAUAAAUACAGGAAACGCAAGGUUCCAUGCACAGUUUCAACUCGAUUUACACAGCUUUGAUUAAAACAUUCUCAGUUUCGAGAAUAGUUUAUUCUAAACCAUACAGCCUGACCAUAAGGAAAAGAUUUAAUUAGAAGUUGAAUUUUUCGCUAUUUCUCUUUCACUUUUUACAUUCAGUUCAUUUUAUUUGCCGGAAAGUAAGCCUUAGAAAUUAAAAGGACGUUUGAUCGAUUGACGCUCGCGUAUUCUAGUCUUACAUGAAACUUAAUAACGGAAGGACAUCUGUGAGCAGGGAAUAAGUCAGCACGGAAUUUGAUUGUCGGCGAAUUUCUGUAAUCGUCCAUCGUCCUGCUAGUGAUAAGCUAGCCGUUGUUCACUCGUCUUGCUUGUUUGGGGCUGAGUCUUACUCCGGUCAAAGAGAGAGAAAGAGUGUCUGGCAAGGUUUCCAAUAUAAAUCAAAGAUUUGUGAACUCGUGUCUGGCAAACUCUCCAAGUAUUUAUAUAUACACAUGCAGUUAAACGCACCUUAUAACCUCAUCUGCGCUUAACGAGUGUCUUUUGGUCCAUAACUUUCAAAACAACUGCUCCACAGAAUGUCACUGCGUAACGCAAAAGAGUAUCGAAGUAUGACUGCACAAUAAAUNGAAUGUCACUGCGUAACGCAAAAGAGUAUCGAAGUAUGACUGCACAAUAAAUGUCACAAAAUCUACCUGAGCGGUCCCUUCGGGAUUUUCUGUCUUUACGUCAUCCUAACCAUUUCGUACUUGCGGGCGCAAAAAAUAGAAACGUCAUCAUUACCAACCGAUUCCUCGCGGCCCCUGUUCAAGCAAAUCGAGAUUUUUUCUAUACUGACUGAAUGACUGUAUAUUUCAGCUGUAUUAAGUACUUUCCUUAAUAUACGCGCGAGUUACUAGAGUGCCUCCUCGGAAUUUCGCCUUCUGGGCGAAAUCCCUGCGGGGGCAAUAAGUUCGGUGCUAAGACGAAUUAUGGAGCAAAAUUCGUCUGAAGCUGAUUCGUCCGUUAGCACGUCUUCAAGACGUCUCUAAAUUUAUAUCUAGAUGGAACAUAGACGGUUUUUUGACGAAGUUUCCACACGAAAGGGACUGGUUUCUAUAUUUUCGCAACUCGGCUUCUCAACACCGACAACCUCGUCCCCAGGGUCUUCUCGCUUUCCAAUAUGGCGGCGACAGGAGAGAAGACCCUGGAACACAGCGAACUUAAACGAUCGCUGAUUGGUGCAUUCCAUUGCGCGUUCAUACGUGCGUUCUCAUUGGCUUAUUCCUUCCAAAACAAAGAUGGUUACCCUUUGAGGCCUUCUAAUCCUGGAGACCCAGGGGCAGAUAGUUGGGGCGAGGGAAAGUCUAAACAGGCGGAAAAAAUUUUCCGCCCGUUGAGACUUUCCCUCGCCCCCACUAUCUACCCCUGGGUCUCCCAGGAUGAGAGCUUCGUAGAGGCAGAGAAGUGUUUUCUUCAGUGUUUGAGACCUAAAAGGUGGACAGAAUUCAGGUCUGAUUGGUCGGAAAACUGUGACUGUACCGUUGGAAGGCAAAGAUUCCAAGAUAGUGAUAUCUGAAAUGGUAAUCGCUGGGAAUAUUAUAAGGCGUAGAGGUAUUUCUGUUGCUCGUGUUAUUUGGUUUGUGUGCUCUAAAUUACUAAAGAUUUGUUUCUUUAAUUCCUGAUUUGUCAAAAAAUAUUUCCAAGGCUUCAGCUUAUCAAUAAAUUUAGCUGCCCGUUUGCAAAGGUUUGGUAUUGUUCUGAUUUUUGUUUUCUGUGAACAAUAGCUGUAUGCAUAAUAUUAUUAAUGUUUGCGGUUAUACGGAAAUCGUGCAUAAUCUGUGCGUUGUCUCAGCAGAUUUUUGUCUAGUGAAACAUUUUUUUGUUCAUUUGAUCGUAACAUGCAUGGGCCCAACCUGGCCUUCUUUUAAUUUUUUCCACUGUGAUUUUGAAGGGGGAUGAGGAGCGAGAGAGGCAGAUGUCGAAACAAAACUAAAAAUUGAAGCUUGCUGUAAAUUGAAAUCAUUCCCACAAUAAAUGAAUGUGUUCAGUCUGCUGGAUAUUUUGUCACCUUCCUCGGCGCAUUAUCAGCGCGUUUUAUCAAUAACUGAUCGUUAAACAAAGGACUGUUCCCGUCUUCAAUGCAGAAAUAUAUAAGUUUAAUUUGUGGUCUCUGCACAAACGAGAACUCGGCGUGAUGAAGCAGGUCAAAAGAUGUAUAUUCCUCGCUCUUAAAGCCUGCCUUUUCCUAUUCAUUAUUCGUCCACUUCGGGACUGCGGGAGCAGUCGUUUCACUCGUCCUUCUUUGAGUAUUCUUCGACUGCGGGAUCACAGGAGCAGCAGAUUCAACUUAGACUGAGACAGGUUCUGUUAACAGCUAAAAAUCAGACGAUCGGUGAUGAUACAAACUGAAAAAAAAAAGGUUACCAUGUCCUUAGUUCCCAGUGCUCUUCGGUUCGCUUCAUAGAGUAAUCGCGCGUCGCACUGCCACAUGUUCCCCCAUCGCAUGAUAACAGUAAUUAAUGACGUCUUUAGAACGAAUUUUUUUAAAAUCUCUUCACAUAAUCUUCAUAAUGUAUAUAAUAAGGUCUGAAACUUUCCUUGAGAUUGAUUCACUCAACAUCUAAACCUAUCCUACCAACCUGUCAAAAAUCUGCGUUACAACAUUCACUGUUUUGACGUUAUGCUAAUUUUUCCAAAAUAAUGCGCACUAUACAUACCUCCAUGACUUGUACAUUUUAGUUUGAAUUUAUCGUAUCUUUUGAAUGUAAACCAUUGACAAUACUCACACUGAAAUGUACUAGUCAUGGAUAUAUGUAUUAUCCGCAGGUAAUUUGGAAAAAUUAACAUAACGUCAAAAUAGUGAAUGUUGUAGCGCGGAUUUUUGACCGGUUUGUAGGAUAGGUUUGUCUUGAAAUUUCAAGAUGUUCCCGUGAAUCAAUCUUAAUGAAAGUUUCAGACCUUAUUAUAUACAUUAUCAAGAUUAUGUGAAGAGAUUUUUUUAAAAAUUCGUUUGAGUCGUUUCAGAGAUAUACAAAAAAGCACUAAAAGUCCAAAUUUUAAAUGAAGUUGCACUUAUACAGGUGGUGAGAAAACGGGUUAGUCUUUAAGAUCACAAGAACGAAAAUACACCAAAAUUUUCUAGCAUCGAAAUAUGAUGUUAAGAAGCAUUCUGACGCUACUUAAGGAUAAUUUGAGUCAUUUAUAACGUUUUCAUUAAAUAAUCUAUCACGGCUUUUGAAAAUUUAAGGUUUGAAAUAUCGUUUUAGUCGAAUUCAAACAUACGGACUUUUUUACUUCUUACGGAGAUUAUUUGCUAAACACCAAACUGUAAGUUCUUAGUGUUGGAUUUUCAUUAGCUAGUCUAGAUCGCACAAAAUUUGGCGUUUAUCAAUUUCAAAGUAUUUGAUUAUUGUUGUCACAGUACUAUCGAUUUUACUAAAACCUGCAUUUUGACAAAUUUCAAUCUAUAGUCAAUCAUUGGUGAAAAUUUUGUAGCGAUCAGACAAGGAUAAAAUCACUUUUAAAGCGAUUGAAAAAUAUUGGUAUGGCCUCUGAAAAACUAUAUCGAAACACCUUAAGUGAAGAUUUUCCAUCCCUGGGCAUUGUUACCGAAAGAAUGCGCUACCCCAGAGACACCAGUCCAAAAUGUGUCACCGAUUUCUAUCUUGAGUAAUUUUUUUCUCUAGCCCAUUCCAGAGGCAAGUUUAAAUCCCUUUCGUCGAAAUUGCUCGUACCAUUUUCUCCACACUGUUGCCAUACCAGUUAACGGGGCUUACCGAUUUUAUUCUCUUCUACCAGACUGGGUGAUUAGCCUUGGACCUGAGAAAGACGGUCUUUACGAGUACUCCGUGGCUACUGACCCUCGCAAGCUGGGACUAUAUGUGCUUGCAAGAAACGUGGAGACCUUCAGGCUGGAUUAUGAAGAGGAGGUCUUGGAAUUUGUAAAGGAACAAGGCUUCACUGAGCCCAGCAAUAAACCCAUAGCUAUCCCUCAAAACGACAAGUGUCUGUAUCCCUACUAA